AUUCAGCGGCCAAGAAGAGUCUUACAUGGGUCGCAUCAGUACGAGUCCCCGUCGCGCCACGGACGAGCAUCUUCUCGACGUCGCCGCGCUGGAGAUGCGCUUCCAGACGGACCUUGUCUAUGGACUCACCUCGGCGCAUGUCGCGGAACUGCAAGCUCAGCCAACGUACCGGCCGAAUCUUCUCCCGACAGACGUCGAGACGGGGCAUGGCGCUAUCCACGAACUCGUGGCCGUUCUGCGCGAAGGCACGUGGAUCCACACACGCGCCGAGAACCUCGUACCUGGAGACGUCAUUUCCUUGAAGACAGGACAAUGCGUCCCCGCCGAUGUCCGACUCGUCGAAGCAGAGGAUAUGGUGGUGACUCACCUCACGCUCACGGGGGAGAAGACGCCGUUGCCGCGCAGUGCGACGACCGUAUCAGUCUUUGAUUCCCCAGGCGUCAACCUGCCGUACAUGCAAGCCGCCAACAUGCUCUUCUAUGGCACGACGAUUACCCAAGGCGUGGGGAAAGGCGUGGUGUGCCGCAUUGGCGCGGACACUGUUCUAGGUGUGAUCUCGAACACAGUCUUACAGUCCCAACGGACUCGCGAUCCGUCACCCAACACCAAGCUCUACGACGACGUUCGUACCCUGGGUGUCGCGUGCAAGAACGAACAAGUUCCUGCAUGUCUCUCGAAAAUCACCGCCCUGGUCGUCGAACACUCUUGUGUGGUCCAGCGUACUGUCGUCACGGCGUCAUUUGGCGCCGACCUCCCUGUGACUGUGACGGCGGCCGACGCGGGUCUGCAUCCCGCUGAAGCUUCCACGGAUGAUGUGGAGCUUGCGAUCGCGACGACAAUCAUGGACACGUACAAGGCCAAUUCGGACGCGAACGCGCUCAUGCGUGCGUUCUCCGCGUGUCAUUCCCACCCGUCGCUGAACUCCCGGGACCAAGCGGCGAUUUCUCGGUUCUGCGACCUUUUCACGGGCACGAGCCGGUACGCCGCGUCGCUGUGCGGACAGCUCAGUGGCUGCGAUGUGUAUGUGCAUUUCGACCCGGAGUGCAGUGCCCACGUGGUAGUACUGCAAGGGCCCGCGCGGGAAGUGCUCAGCCGUUGCGGUCAAGUGCGCAAGGGCCAAGGCGUGGUGGUGCUGGACACGGCAGACUUUACCAACAUCGAAAGGAUGCUGGAGAGCUUGGAGGCGCGCGGUGAGGACGUGGUGGGCGUGGCCGAGCUGUACUUGGACCCGGUGGAGUUUCCUCCCGUGGGCAACAUCGCGUUGGACAUGGCACAGUUCAACUUUCCCACGUCCAACAUGAUUUACCUCGGCGCGUUGGGGCUGCAGGACAAGGCUUCGCCCGAUCUCGUGCACCUCGUCACGCAUUGCCACGCCGCCGACGUGAGUGUGUUUGUUUUAGCCGAGGAGUCGGAAUUCGUCGUCGACGGGUCGUCGUUCGUGUCCACCGUGCUGGCCGCGCCGUCGCGGCAGUACCACCGCCGCCGGUCGUCGUCCGUCGACGCCACGCCGACCUCGUCCGACUUUCCCGUGGAUUCGCAUGCUAGCACGCGCUUCGUCCCCCUCAGCAACGUCCAGCUCGGCGUGCAAGACGCGACCGCCGCCAUGAUGGACCUGUCGCCCCUGGUCGUGGCUGCGUCGGCCAUUUCGAUUUCCAACACGUUUGGCGACUGGAAGCACAUUUUGAUGGAGCACCCCGUCGUCGUGUUUGAAGGCACGUCGCCGGCGCACAUUGACCUCCUCGUGGAAACGCUGCAAGACCUGGGCGAAGUCGUGGGGUUAAUCGCGUCGGGCAACGCCAAUGCGCUCUCCCACUUGAAUGCGGACGUGGGCUUCGCCAUCCCCACGGGAAACAUCAUCGACUUGAGCGAAGAGGCCGCGGAUGUCGUCCUCGGAUACUCCGAGUCCCCUCGGGUGGAUGCCGUGCGCAUUAUCGAAUUGGCCAAACGCGCUGCUACUGCGACAUCCACAGACGGACUUGGCGGCGACGGGGCCGCCCGUGCACGGGACAGUGGGCCGUCGCUGGGCACCUUUGUCCCCGGGCCCCAUGGAGAAGCCAAGCAUUUGAUUGAAAAUUUGCUGCGCGAUACGAUCGCCGUGGGACGGGCGUUGCAGUUGUCCCCGGAUGAAAUGGAAGAGUGCUUUCACGUGGCGAUGGGUAAUAUGGUGGACGGGACCCACGAAUAUGUCUGAGGCGAGCGUGUUGUAUUUCCCGGUAGGCCCUGGGGCUUUCCCCCCCCUCCCUUCGUCUUUCAUGUCGUCGAUGAUGGCAGCGUUCAUGAUGUCGAGUAGUUGUAGGCCGGCGUCGUCCCCGCAGUCUCCAACGUCGUCGGCUCCGCCAUCCCCAGGGCUUUCCCCGUAACUUAAGCAGCAUUGUGUCUCGUUUCGAUGCCG